CUGGAAUCUACAGAUGAGCCCUGUGGAGAUCUGAAAGCGGAGAGCAGCCCCAGCCUGAGCCGCAGCAUGGACAAUGAGAUCACAGCCAAGGAGAGAGGAGUACUGGAGAACAACGAAAAGGAGACAAUGGACAGAGAUCAGGAGGAGGAGGUAGAGAAGCUCUUAUGUUUGUUGGUGGUAUCUGUUGUGGUCUUUAUUUGUCUGGCAUGUUUAUGGGUCCUGAUUUUGUAUUCGUUUUUUUUUGUUCUAUGUGUGUCUUUUUUUAAUCUGCUGCUGUUUGACAUUACAUUUAGUUUCCAUGUGAUUGAUACCAUUCCAUUCAGUCCAUUCCAGCCAUUAUUAUGAGCUGUCCUUCCCUCACCAGCCUCCUGUGAGAUGGCUGCCGUUUUACGGGCUCUUAAUCAAUUGUGCUAUUGUGUGUGUUUUUUGUUGUUGUGUUAUUUGUAACCUAUUCUGUUCAUAAUGUUUUUGCCACUGUCUCUUAUGACCGAAAAGAGCUUCUGGAUAUCAGGACAGCGAUUACUCACCUCGUACUGGAUGAAGAUUUUUUUUCUUUAACGAGUCGGACACGAAGGAUUUACUUCAGACACUCAACAAGGCCAACAUCCACGUCAUUCGCAGGAGAAAGAGAUGGAGAUAUCGGGGACUUUGCCUUGAGGAGAAGGGGAGGAGGGAGCAGCAGGAGCCCCUGUCUGAGGAGCAGGAGCUGGAGGAGUUGAGGAGCCAGGUGCUGCAGCUCCUUCUGGAGUUAGAGGAGGCCAGGGAAAUGUCCAACAAACACCAAGAGGCCUUCCACGAGCUACAGGGUCUGCUGGAGGAUGAGCGUCUGGCCAGUGCCCACCAGGCAGAAGCCUUUGCAAGACAGGUCUACAACCUGCAAGCCCAGCUGCGUUCAGUACAGGAGGAGAUGGACUCUCUCGAGGAGGAGAAGGAGAGUGAGCUGACUGAGGCUCACGAGGAGCUACGCCUCGCCCAGGAGGAGGUUCUGCUUCUGCAGCAGGCGGCUGAGGAGGCAGCGGCCGAGAGGGAGAACGACAUUGCGUCCCUGCAGGAGGAGCUGUGUCGCCUCCGGGCCCAGCUGGGGAGGCUCAACGAUGAGGCGCAGGAGUACGAGCUGGAGAUCACCACACUGAGAGCAGAGAUCAGCAUGAAGAGUCAAAGGAGGGAGGAAGAGAGGAAAGGAGGUGAUGUAGGUACACUGAGGCAGGAGUGUGUCACUUUGAGGGAGGAGUGUGAGACUCUGAAGGACGACAACAGACGCCUGACUGAGAAACUACAGCUCCUCCAACUACAGAGGACAGGCUCCAACAGCGUAUAUCUGUCCCUGAAGGAUGGUGAGAUAGCUGGUACAGGAGUGGGGGUGGGCACAGAGGAGGGGGGCAUGGCAGAGAGCUAUAUGACCAUGGUCGAGUGCCAGUCUACGAGCCCAGGCACCAACUGCCGCCUUGUGGACGCCUCCAUCCAGAAGAACAUUUCGUUCGAUGGGAAGCCCAUGACCCCCACCAGCUGGAAUGGAGGAUUUGGGGAGAUCUUCUCCCUGAGGGACCAGCUGAAACAGGCUGAGGAGAAGGCCUUGCUGGUACAGAGACAGUGUGAUGGGUUGAAGACGGAGCUGCGGGAACUGCAGGAACUGUAUGACUGCAGCCAGAGGGAGAGGGCUGAAUUGGAGGAGGAGCUACUGCACUGCAAGGCAGAGCUCGAGAGGUUGGCUGGAGGGUGGCAGAGCAACAUCCAUUCGUCUGAGUCCCCUGUUCUCUCCAUCCCCUUCAUAGGAAUGAUUGUAAUAUUGGGAGUGGUUUGGUGCUGGUUGUCCGAGCUGGCGUUCCAGAAAGCAAGGGGAGUGAUAUAGAAUGGAACCCUAUUCUGACCGUCACCGCAGCAACAGCUGCGCUUCUGAUCAUGGUUAGCUUGUUGAGAGCCUUGACCUGAUGUUGAGCAGAAAGACAACAACUGUAUACGGACAAAGACAGUGAUGUCUGCUUAUAGACCGCUACCUUCCAUUCUACCCUCCUAUCACGUCUCUCUGGGACCCUACCAGGGCACCAACAACAGAUCAGACACCAUUCCUCUAAUUCAUAGCUUGGAAGCAGCAAAAUAUAUUUAAAUGGCAACUAAUAUUUGAAAAACACAGGAUUUGUGAAAGCAAUGUUCUGAAAUUGGUAGAUAAAGUGAUGUGCUGCCACAGCCUUUCAGAUGAAAAGAGAUGGAUUCAUUUUCUCCCCUGUUCUGGGGAACACAUGUCAAGACUUAUUAAGAGAGUGUCUUCGUGAAGCUAAGAAGAGAGUGUGAAUAUAUAGUUUCAAUGGGAGAGUACCCGUUGAGCCUAAAUCUAUGUCUACUCCUGUUGUAUCCUAUUCCUUUCCUGUCUCUCUGUGGAUUUGCUUAAGUCCUCCUGAGUUUGAAUGUCCAGUUUUAUUGUUAUACAACACUCACCUUGUGUCUUUCUACACAAAUGUAUUAUGCUACUAUCAAUGUUGAGUCCUCUAUUGAUUUGCCUUUGUGAUUAGUUAUCUUUAACAAUAGCAACCUCUGCAUCUUGCACAAUUGCUGAAUGAAGCUCUUUAACUCAUGAUAUUGUAAAUAAGUACUAACAGAAAUGUUCUUCAAAUAUAAUUAUAUCUAUGUGUACUGAAUUAUUUAAAGCGCCGGUCAAACUCAUUCCACGUAGGACCAAGUGUCUGCAGGUUUUCGCCCUUGUACUAAUUCGUAAGCAACUCCCCUCACUUGGUUGUCUAGGUCUUGAUUGAAAGGGGGGAAAAAAACACACACACACACACAAAAAACAAAGACAAUCGACACUCCGUGGAAUGAGUUUGACACCUCUGAUUUAAAGGAAUAUGUCAAAUUACAUGAAAUAAUUAUGUAUUUUGAAUAGCUUGUGUCUUGUGAAUAGCUAAAACCCUAGGGAUUUCUCUAAAUUAAAGUGAAAUGAGUCAUGAAGGUCUCGUCUAGAGUGGCAGAUACGUUCCCCUAAAGGCAAUAACUAAUUUAUAACACAUACACUAUGUUCUCAUCAAUAUACACUGUUGUGAAAAACUUUUUGUCCCCUUUCUGAUUCUCUACUUUUGCAUAUUCUUUUUAUUCUGAAUGUUAUCAGAUCUUCAACCAAAACCUAACAUUAGAUAAAGAUAACCUGAGUGAACAAAUAACGCACCAAUUACGUACUUAUUUCAUAAACAAUGUUAUGCAACACCCAAUCGGUGAAAAAGUAGUUGCCCCCUCAUUACGCUCUAUAACUGGUUGUUUAAAAAAUAUAUAUAUUUUACCUUUAUUUUACUAGGCAAGUCAGUUAAGAACAAAUUCUUAUUUUCAAUGUCGGCCUAGGAACAGUGGGUUAACUGCCUGUUCAGGGGCAGAACGACAGAUUUGUACCUUGUCAGCUCAGGGAUUUGAACUUGCAACCUUACGGUUACUAGUCCAACGUGCCACCUUUAGCUGCAAUUACUCCACCCAAACAUUUCCUGUAGUUGUUAGGCCAUUCCACAAAUGUCGCUGAGUUAAAGCAGAUCUGCAUGGAAGUGUGGGACAAGAUUCUUUCACAGUGAAGUGAGAGACUGAUCAACAACUACAGGUAGUGUUUGGUUGUAGUCAUUGUAGCUAAAAGUGGCACAACCAGUCAUUGAGUGUAAGGGGUCAGUUAUUUUUCACACAGGGGAACUGGGUGUUGCAUAACUUUCUUAAUUAAAUCAUUAAAAUACGUUUGUUAUUUGUCUUGCUCAGGUUCCCUUUAUCUAAUAUUAGGUUUUGGUUGAAGAUCUGAUAAUAUUUAGUAUAAAAAACAGAGAAAAUCAGAGAGGGGCAAAUACUUUCACGACACUGUACACUUACUUACAUUUACUUAAAAAUACCAAGAUCAUUCUACUCGUUCUAUCUUUAGUGAGGAUGAGGAUGUUCAAUCUUUGUGUCCAAGUUGUAAAUACCUAUUUGUUAUGGUUUCCUCAUUAAAGAGAGAAGAGUAUGUGAGAUAAGCUCAGCUUUUCUAAAGCACCUGUCAACCCUAGCCCGGUGUUUCAAGCCUAUGUUUAACCACCACCUCACCCACAUAGGAGUGUCCUAUGUGUCACUUUAAAAAAAAUUGAAUUUAACUUAGCCUAGGGCACUGUCAAACAGACUUGGGUUAAACAUCUCAAAUCAGUUCAAAUACCUCAUCCGUGCUUGAUUGAGCUUGUUUGUUGAAUGCACCAAUACAAUAGUCCCAAAAUUGCAAACCACACCCAUCUGGCACUUCAGGCAGGCUAGAGAAAACACUCAGAGUAUUUGGAAGACGUCAAAUAGUAUUCAAAUAGUAUUUGAGCCCAGGUUUGUCGCCGGUAAAGCCUGCAUGACUGCACUGUCAUACUGUGAUAGUGGAAUCAGCCUCCCCCCAAAAUAAAUUCAGAUGCCAGAUUAAUAAACAAGUCCACUCACAUUCCAAGUAGGGUCACAUUUGGAGGUGUCUCCGACACGUCUUUGAUGUCUUCACCAGUUCCCCUUGAAAUCUGAAAUGUUUAGUGCAGUAACACAUUAGUGUUUUAAAUGACCUACUUGUAAUGUAUUGAUCAUGUUAUCUACUCAUUUGAACAUACAGUAGCAGCUAUUCAGACAAAGGGACAGUGGGUAUUUAACUUUGAAUAUUUACAAAACACCUGUACGCACUAAUCAUAAUUGAGUUUUCCCUGUAUCCUCUCUCUUGUAUUACUCAAAAUACUAGUAUUAUUCAGUAUUACUACUCUCGUUAAAAUGUAUGUAAAAAGGAACCUACAGGUGUUUUUAUGAGAAGGACAAGAGACUUUAGUGUCUUUGCUUGGUGUUUGCACAUGUAGUUGAGACUGAGAUGUCAUUCAAAUGAAUUGUUCAGAUUGUUCUAGUUCCAGGUACACAGCAUGAGAAUGUUGACAGUCAGCAUUCCAUAGUUUAAUGCUCUUGUGGUCAUUACCAGAGAUAGUACAUUUACUUUCAACCAUAUCUGGUCAUAACAUGACAAUAAGCAUGAGUGUGGUGGUGGCAGAGGGUUGGUAGACUAAGUGGCAGCUAAACCAGUUUGAUUGCAGAAACCAUUCUUGAAAUGGGAUUGUUAUGUCAAUUAUGUUCAUUUUCUUUGCUUAAUUCAAAAUAUGUCUAGAUUGAACUGUCACAUUCAAAUCCAAGGCAGCAUUUCAAAUGUUUUCAAUUCUCUGAUAACACCUGGGAAAUUUUGUGACACAGUAAAAGUACUUCCGAAUAAAAAAAAAACGCAUGCUGCAUACAGUCUAAGAUAAAUGUUAUAGUUCAUUUAUGUUUAAUAUGAUGUUUCUGUUAUACUCUGUAUUUGAUGUAAAUAGUCAGAAGUGGUAUAGAAUAAUGGGAGAUAUAUAUUUCUCCAUUUGUAAUAGAUUUGUAGAAAGUCGAUCUAUUUUGAAAGAGCAGUGUAUAUUUGAUAGCCAAAUUAAGCUAUAUGUAAAAGCCUAUUCAUGGUGUGUUUAUAUUGACAAUUGUUUUCAAUACCUAUGUUUGGUUGAGUAAUCACUGGAUGCAUAAUAGAGGUUUUUUUUCUUAUUAUUUGCCAGUAUAAGUAUGCUAUCGCUAAAAAUAAACAACCCACCAAAAGCAA